AUUCAUGUGUCUAGUGCCGUAAAAUAGCUGUCAGAUGAUUUUCUACUUCGUAACUAAAUUGCAAAAUUCUAUCUAGUCUAUGUACCACGGCUGCUGACUGAUCAUGUUUUGAAGUGGGUAGAAGCUAUAUGUGUUACUUUUGUGAUGACUGUACGAGUUAUUUGUAAGAAUGCCAAUCCAGGCGCCUCAAUGGACGGAUUAUUUGAACUGUCCAGUGUGCUGCCGCGAAUUUGGCGCUCCACCCCGCAGUCCCAUUAGCCUUGGGUGCGGACACACACUAUGUAGACACUGCCUCAAACACUUACAUAGAAAGCAAUGCCCGUUCGACCAGGCUGUGAUCCAGGUCGACCCGGAAGAUUUGGUGGUGAACACGGCUAUACUGCAGCUCGCGGGGUACACACCGCCGGCGCAGCCGUACCACCCACCUUCCAUACAGGCGCUCCCCGAUCAUGACAAACAGGCAUACGACUGCAUUGUCAAAUGUAUGGAACACCUCGCGGUUUACCUCAAGUAUUGCGGCAAUGCAAACAAUAGUAUGGCUGGUAGCCGGCUUUCUCGGCCUAUGCAGAGGAAGCUGGUUAUGCUACUGCAGUGUGCCGUCACCGACGCGGAGGGAAGGGGCAGGGCGGCGCGAGCUGCGCGGUCCCUUGGCGAGAGAACCGUCACCGAACUGAUACUGCAACAUCAGAACCCACAGCAAUUGAGCGCCAACCUGUGGGCGGCAGUGAGAGCGCGCGGCUGUCAGUUUCUCGGCCCGGCGAUGCAGGAGGAAGUCCUCAAACUUGUACUGCUGGCUCUCGAGGACGGAUCUGCACUAUCCAGAAAGGUGUUAGUGAUGUUUGUUGUCCAAAGACUGGAGCCUCAUUUUCCGCAGGCUUCCAAAACUAGCAUAGGCCAUGUCGUCCAGCUCCUUUACAGAGCUUCUUGCUUUAAGGUAAGUCCUGAGGUAUCUAAACGCGAAUGCGAUUCAUCUCUAAUGCAACUAAAGGAAGAAUUCCGCACAUACGAGUCGUUAAGGCGCGAACAUGACGCGCAGAUAGUUCAAAUAGCAACGGAGGCGGGGCUUAGGAUAGCCCCCGACCAAUGGAGUGCGCUGCUCUACGGAGACACCGCCCACAAGAGUCACAUGCAGAGCAUUAUUGACAAAUUGCAAACUCCGCAAUCGUUCGCGCAGUCAGUCCAGGAGUUGUUCAUAGCGUUGCAGAGGACCGGUGACCCAGCGCAACUGGUGGUCAUGAGCAUGCACCUCGACAGACUAGCCAACAUCGACGCUAGCCCUGACGCGAAGAACCCGUCUUGGCAGCAACUAGCUGAGGUGAUGACGUCACUGAAAGAGGUCGUGGCCGGCCUCAUACAUUACUUGCAGCAACAGGCCACCGGGCGGGACUCCAACCACAAUCAGAAACAACACCCACUGCCCGAACGGUGUAUGGAUAACAGUGCCAGUCAAAUCUCCCCGCAGACGGCAGCGUCGACCCCAACACACAAUAAGUACAAGGUGUCCAUGUGCAGAGACGCGGCCACGCGCUCCUUCUGUCCUCGAGGAAACUCAUGUACUUUCGCCCACUCGGAGGAAGAAAUGGAAAGGUUUAGGAUUAACGGCAAUUUCCCUUACCCAAUGAUGCCAAACCAGCCGUUGCACCCAAACCAGCCGAUUCCGAUGCCGGGGCCCACGAUGCCGAUGGCGGCGCCGGGUGUGCAAUACCCGCCCUUCCCCAUGCCACAACCACACAUUGAGGGGCAUUUUAACGUACAACCCAUGCCGCCGGUGAACAUGCCCGCAGACAUGGAGCACGUCAACGUGAACAACGGCCACCACGCCAUUUACAGUCCGCAUCCGAUAAUCCUGGGCCAGGAGAUUCUGAUCCCUACGAAUGGCGAUCGUUUCUACCCGCGGUACAACGCGCGCUUGCCCGAGGAACAUCACGGUCCGGUGCCAUACAGAACCUUCGUGCCACAGCCGCCUCCGCAGAACAACGUUCACAUGUACCCACAACCAGAACCUCCCCAGCCUCCCAGGGAUGAUUUGUUCAAUCCGGGGAUGCCUACAGAACUGAUGCCGGAGUACCGAGUGAACGCGAACACGUACGGGCCCCGUCCCGACGCCGUGUGGGCCCCCAACCCGGGCGAGAUGUUCAAUUUCGGAGACAUGCGAGCAGCACUGCCAUCGGCACCUCCGUUAGCUCCUGAGCAGGUAUACACACCGGCGCGCUCGUCAGUGAUCCUCCCACUAGUCCGGUCCCGUCGCUCGUCGCCAGUGGACGGCGCGGGGCCCCGGGCGGUGGGUGGGCCUGUGUCGGGCCCCGGGCCUAUCCCUUGCCCUGCGCCACCGGAGCCUUUCGCUGCGCCGGCCCCCGUGCCUACAGUAAGCAACGGUCCGACGGCCAGCCAGACGGUGGCGGCGAGCAGACUGGCCGUCGGCGCCAACCGGCUCCCGCGCGACAGGUCCACCGUCGCGGACCGCCUCACUGCCGCCGCUAAAGCGUAUCAAGCGACGGGCUCCGAUGACCAAGAGUUAGAGGCUGGUCUCCAAGCUCUGGAGCGCAGGAUCGACACGGAGUUCAAGAACGCCGACUAAUGCCGAGCGAGCCCUGCGCCCGCUCCCGGCAGACACAUUUGAUAUAAGGGGCGCGACAUGAAUUACAAAUUCAUUUUUAUAAUAUAAUUCAACACUUAAACGGAAGGAAUAACAACAUAUUUACGUUUUACCUGUACAUAAUGAAUUUCAUGAAAUCGCUUUUCUAAGGCGGAUCGGUUAGUCCUGUAUGGUUAUCGCAAUAUAGAGCUACUUAAAUGUAAUAUUUAUAAUACAGCAAUAUAGGGCUAAGAAAAAUUCGUGACUGCCAUUGAGUGGAAUUCACGCAGUAAAGGAAAAACGUAAUUAUAAAGUUUGAAACGUUUCCCAUAUAAUGGGCUUCCUAUGCCGAAUCGGAUGGCAAACUCUUGCUACAUGGAAAUAUCAGAAACACCACGAUUUGUCACCAUGGGACAAACGUGAAUGACUCGUUAUGAAAAGUUGAUUUAUCUCUAGGUACGAUCACAUUUAUCCACAACUCUUGUGGAUUUAUUUGUUACAAUUUGAUUUUUUGUUUUGAUAUAUUCGUAAGGUUAUUUUAAAAAAAUUUUUUGUUACAUUUUGAAAUGUUUUUCAUGCGGAUUUUACAGAAUGAUAAAUAUUGGCUUAUAUGUACACUAACGUAAACCGGCAAAAGAUAUUCUCGACUGAUUUUCUUCCCGUUGACUACUAACUAAAAUGCUUCGGAGAGCAAUCGAUGCCAGCCGGCCAAAGAUAAAUGGUGAACGAUGUGUAUAAACUCAAUAUUGGAAAAAAUCUCGCUUACCGUCUUUUGACCGGAAGGUAUCGAAGUUAUCAACAGGGAGGAAAUAACUUACAAAAAAUUGCGCGCGGGUCGAUUAUAAUAACUGCAUCAUUUCAUCAUUCAACAGUCUCAGUACAAAAGAAAUUCUACCUUAUUUAGAUAGCAUUAAGCUAGCAACUAUAGUUUGCUGUAAUGCUAGCGUUAUUUUGAUAAAACCAUCAGAAAAUGGACUAUUUUUGGCCCAUUUUCAUUACUAUUGGAAAAAUACCUUUUUUAAAAGUGGAAUUUAAUGAUGCUACACUCUGGUGUGCCUCUGUUCUGAUUGAGAUAAACAUUUAAUGGCAAAGAGUUUCACGAAUUACAUAAUAUUCAUGUUACGGUGAUUCAUGUCCCAAAAGUAAAUCAGUAUGCAACUGGUUAGCACUAUUACAAAAUAUCGAAUCAUAAAAGCGUAGCCUUCAUUCACAUUCUCGUUAUGUCAUGGGCUACCCUAGACUAAUGCUAUCAAAUUAAUUAUUCACCUUUGGGGAUAAAUAAUUUGACAUACCUCACAUUUUUAAUAUCCGUGUUAAAUUAUAAACACCUGAAAUGUUGAACAACAAACACUUGUGUUUGUUUUCGUCAGGGAACCACACGAAGUGGUUGUGUGUGUAUAGUAGUCAGUGAUUGUAGUGGGAGAUUAGAGUGACGUGAUGGUAGCAUCCUUUAGUUCGGGUUGGGCUGGACCGCGAAUACAGCUUGUGGACAAUAACGGCAAUAGUAAUGAUUCCCUAAUGCCUGGAUAGCGUUAAUUCCUGUUUUUUAAUGCAUUUUGGUCGCAUGUAAAUUCUAUACCAUUAAAUCACUCACUGAUGAUGAUGAUCUAGAUGAUAAUCUAGAUCGGUUUCCAAUGAAUUUAUUUAAAAAACAUAUAUAAAAAUAUUGGACAAUAGUGUGUGCGUGAGUGCGUGUUCUAUAAACCUAAAAUAAUAAUUAAAACGAAUAAACAGAAAAAGAUGUUAUUUCUGAACGUAAUUAUAUAAUUGACCAAAAUGCAUUACUUUGUAAGAAGUCGACGUUAUCUAUGAAAUAGUCGCACCACCAGUGAAUAGUAGUAGGUGCCUACAGCUUAUGGUUACUGCGCGUAGAAAUCAUGAUAAAUACAAAAUAUAUUCUAAAUUAAAACAUGUAAAAUUAAUCGGUUGUCUGCUAGAAGUCACUCCAGCGACAACCUUAAAAAUAUGAUGAUUACAAUGAUGUACAAAUGUAAUUCUAAAUCUACUAGCAAUUUAUAUAAGUCGUUUUUUUCUCAGUGGUGUGACCAGCUUUACUGAGUCGAUGUCACUUCAUUAAUAGUGUCCUAAAAGUUUACCUGAUCUGUGGUUUCUGCCUAUUUACUUCCUAUCUCUAAAGUUGAUUAUUACAAUUUUGCGCGAUUACCAAUUAUUUAAUUACUGAAAAUCUCUCAAUUUUGAGAUGUUCUCAAAAAUAUGUUUGUGUUACUUUAUAACGUGACAGAAAUAAUACGAUAUUUAUUACAAAUUAAUAUUAAAAUUGGGUAGCAUUUCAGUAUUCGGGCUUUAGAAUAAAUUUUAAUUUAAAUAAUUCCUUCCAAAGGUUCUAUAGAUGCUUGUUCGGGUGCACUCAAUUAAGUUAUUUGGUGGUCGCACAACUUUAUAUAUUUUUUUGUACAGCAAUCCAGUUCAGCUCGCGAUUGCUUUGGCUUGUGUUUCCGAUGUUAUUGUUAGCUUUCAAUUUGCUCUAUCAUUGCGACUAAUCUUUCGCCAGCACACGGCAUACUUCACAAUCACUAUCUCUGCGUUUGUGCGACAAAGUCGCAACAAAAGUCGUCUUUCGUUGUUUCUCUUUCUUACAGAAAGAACAAAACAGACUGACAAUACAAAGCCGAUUUUAUAAGGAAAACAUUAAUAAUAUAGAAUACAUUAAUAUCGCUAGCGACUCCUGUAGGAUUUAUUGAGUAAUUGACAAUUCCAAAAUAUUUACAGUGGACUUUGUUUUGUACAUUGUUCCUAUACUUGUUUUUAUUGAAUAAAUUACAAUUUAAGUGUCAAUUUUGAUAUAGUCUAAGGUAAAUAUCGGAAAGUAAUGGAACAUUCAGCUUGAAUUACAAAACGUCACCUUUCCAAAGCAAAUUCCACUGCGAAUCGAAACUAUUGAUAAAAUAAAAAAUAUAUUAUGAUAAAUCGUCGAAUACCUAAAUAUACAGAUUAGUAGAGUGGUAUUGUAGAUUUAUAAAACAAAUAUAAUAAGGUAACCGGGAUACAUUUUCUGCAUGCUGGUUAGUUAGUAAAUGCGUAAAAUACGAACAGAAUAUUUCGGCCGUUGCUUAAAAAAUUGUUACGUCUCCAUUCAUAGUGACAGAUAUAUUUUAAAGAUUUGGUAGAUCCUCAGAGAGUAAUGCUAUAUAGUUGUUAUUGACAUAGCGCGUCACACACGCGGCCUACACAUAUCGCUCACCUAGUUACAUAUUGGCACAUCCGCAAAAAAUGCGAAAUUGACUUUAUACCUUGACUUUAUAAUAUAAAGUCAAUUUAGCAUUUUUUAGGUGAGCGAUAUACGCGUGUUACCACCAAUAUUGUUUGACAUUUCAUUUAUAUUACAUUUUUAUAAAGUAGUUUCAACUUUAUGGAGUUAUAUACCCAUUUGUGUCGUUUACCUGGUACACGUUUAAGGAGUGUGAUAUGAUUCGUAUCAGUGACGUGGACACACACACCCAGCCUAAACUGGCGCCUAAAGGUAAACGUCCACUGAUCCGCAUCGUACGGACCGCUCAUCGGCAAUGCCUACAUGCGAUGCGUACUGAUGACGUUAAACGGAAUGCGGAUGCCAAAAAUCCGAGUAAAAGUGGGAUCGGUAAUCUGAUUGCUAAUACUCGCGUCGGAAAUCCGAACGUUGCCGAUACAGUGGACGCAUUCUGAAAAAUUAAUCCGUUUAAUGCGAUCCGUCGAUGGCGUGUGAUGCGUAGGAUGCCGCCUGUGGACGCACCUUAACAAAACUGAUCCAAACUGUCGCUGGUGCCGUCAUGCAGUCUCAAAAUGAAACUCGUACAAAUGAACACAGCGUGGAUCGCUGUUUAACUCCUUGAAUGAUUGCUUCCAAUCUGUCUUCCCUUGUUCUAGUAAGUUGUACACACGUGUCCACGUCAGCAUCCUCAAUUAUUUAAUCUGAUAGUUAGCUUAGGUAAUAUUAGGCCAUUUUCACGGCCCACGAUAGGGAUCCCUUCUUUUUGCAUAAUGUUGUUUGUCCUAAUAUUCUUCGGCAUAACGAUUUUGGCAUAAUUUGUUUUGGCAUAAUAUUACUUCGGCAUAUUUUUUUAGGCACACAUUUUAUGUUGACAAAAUCAUCUUAAAGACUAAUAUUUGUUUUGGCAUAAAUUUCAUUCGCAUUAAGUUAGUAGGCCUAAUGACUUAUGGUGGCGGUGAACUCGUAGUGCCCCAUACAUAAUUCUGAUGAAACCAAUUUAUUUCUAUAGUUUCUGUAAUAAUUAAAUAAUAAUGUAGGUUAGAUUUAAUAUGCUGUGCAACAAAAGUUAGUAGUAGUCUUGUUUGUUCUACCCCUAGUGUAGUUUAAAAUCGAGUAGGCGCGUUGGGCUGCCGGAGACCCGCAGCGCCUGAGCUGAGACAGAAACCUUGCCUGCUGCAAACUUGCUUGUAUGUUGCAUACUUGCUUGUAUGUUGCAUACUUGCUUGUAUGUUACAAACUUGCUUGUAUGUUGCAUACUUGCUUGCUUGCUUAAUAAAUUUAUGCUUUAGAAUAUUAUGCUUAAUCAUUAUUAUGUUUAGAGAAAUAAUGUUUAAAAAUGUAUGCGAAUAUAUAAUUACGCCAAACAACGUUACGAUUGAAUAAGUUAUAUUAGGUCUUAAAAUGUUAUGCAAAUGGAUAGGGAACCCCCACGACAGCGACGCCGUCGUCUGACUUACCGAGACGAUUAAAGGAGCUGUUUAUUUAUUUUUUUUAAUUAUUAUUUAAUUAGCUUUGCUAGUGUGUUAUGACACCUCAGUCACUGUAUGGAGUAGUGAUGUCAGAAGAAAUUGAUUUUUAAAAUGUAAUCCGUAAUUAAAAUUAUAAUUGGAAAACGUGAUAUGCUAUUAUAUAUCAAAUUAGGAUAUGAAUCGUGUUGUUAGGCUCAUAUUGUAUGGCUUGUAGCUAUGUACUAUAUACGGAUAGUUAAAACCUGAAUAAGAUUUGCUUUCUUAUUGGGAGUGAGAAUAAUGUAGUAAUAUUAUUGUAUCUUCCUCAGUCAACGUCAUUACAAAUCCGUACGACAUGUUUCAGCACAAUCCGUGAACAUAGCACCUCCGUUUUGUCGUGAUUCAAGUGACAAGUCAACAAUAUACAUUGCUUUAUAUGUUUUUACAUCCGCGUUGUCUGCACACACUAACACGCGAUGAAUAUCGUUGAGAUGUCAAUAUCAUAUGGUGUGCUGGAAAUGUCUCAUCAUACAAUAGGGAUGAUGACUUCAGUUUUUUUUUGUCCUAUUUAUGGAAUGUGUCAGACAAGUAUUUUUUUUUUUUUGUAUCACACUAUCUCGUGGCGAGCUUUUAUUUAUAUAUUAUGAGGUUAUGACUUAGAAAGUAUGAGCUAGCCACUGACUCUGUAGCAAUACUUGUCUACCGAUGCACUACAUCGAAUUUCGUUUUUGUUAGUCGUAUCCCAUCAUCAUCCCUGUUAUAACCAUCUAGCAAAGCUCGCUUCAUAUGACUAAUAUUAUUAUUCUAGUGUUAAAUAAAAGAAUACCGUUUUGAUAUCUAAGGCUGGUGAUACAUCUAUUUAUAUUUUAGAAAAAAGUAAAAACAAAAUAUGUAAGGCUGUAAUAUAGAUAUAGCUGAGAGAAGCAACUCAACGCCCUAUCAUAGUGGUUUCUUUUAUUUAUUUAUUUCUUUGUAAUUUAUGUAACACGGCAGCGGCAGUUGUGGAUAGAGCAGUAUGGCAUCCUUAUACACUGGCCAUAGUACUCCGGUAUACAACUGUUGCUGAAUAUAAGACUAUUAUGUCCUAGUGAUUCCGCUGUGGUUCUCUAAUUAGUUACAAUUUAAAUUAGUGCAAUUUUGUAAUUGCGUGCAAUACGUGUUGGUGGUGCGCGCCGACUGGCCUCUCUGACCAUUGAUUGUGAUGUAUAUUUGUGUAGCGCGCCGCCACGUGGCGGCCGGUGUCACGGCCCAGUCGGUCCGCGACGCGAAUGCAGCAAAGGAGGUCUAUCGAUAACAAUUCACGAUCUCUUUGCAUUUACUUUAUAUGAUUUAUGAACAUUAAAAACUAUGGUUCGCUUGUAACUAAUGUUUGUAUAAAGGUGAAUACCAUAUUUUGGUGUAUUUUUUUUUCCUAGGAAAAGUCAUUAUUUAUAAAUAAAAUGGUCUGUUUAAAGACUUGUAAUAGAACUUGCGCACACAGUGCGAUUUAGUGAAUAUAUUCUUUUUGUAUAAGAAGAUCACCUUUUUGGCCUAGUUAAAUAAAUACUAACCUUUAUGUUGA